AUGGACCCUUCUGUCAUCGAAAACUUUUGCAGUAUUACUGGGACGUCUGAAAUGGAAGCCAAACAUUUUUUAGAAGCUUUCGAUUGGAAUUGCGAUGAGGCAGUCAAAGCGUAUUUCGAUUCUGAGGAUGGUGUUCAUUCAAGCGAUGUUUCUCAUUUCGACCAAGGUACUGAACCACUGAAUAAAAGCAACAAGGAGCCUUCAGUUUCCACAUAUAAUAAACCACCUCACAGCAAGCCUAAAAUAGCAACUCUGAGUACCCUAGAAAAUGAUAGUGAUGAUGAAUCAGAUAAGGGACAGGCAUUUUAUGUUGGCGGUUCGGAGACUGGAGGUGGUGGCCAACAAGUCCUUGGUCCUCCAAGACGCGAUGGUAAUAAAAGAACUCAUGAUCCUUCCCAAACUCCCGACGUUUUCAUCCGUAAUCUUUUUCAAGCUGCUAGAGGUAAAGGAGCAGAAGUGUUGGAUACACACCAAUACAAUGAAUACAAAAGUAAAUCAAAAAAGCAAUCGCCUUUUAGUGGAAUUGGCUACAAGCUUGGUGAUGAUCUUAGUGCUCCCCUCCAGGUCGAGGCAAAUACUGCGAGCGGUUCCAGUACAAACGAUGUCUCUGAAAAAAACGUUGUUGUAAAAAUGUGGUGUGACGGUUUUAGUUUAGACAGUGGGCCGUUACGUUCAUAUACUGAUCCAGAUGCUUCUGAAUUUUUGAAUGCAAUACAGAAUGGUCAAAUCCCUGAAGAACUUUUGAAAUCUGCUGGUGGAAGUAUGGUUAAUGUUAUGCUCGAAGAUCAUCACCAUGAAGGGUGGCAGGCUCCUUCUGCUCCUAAGAUCAUACCUUUUUCUGGCGUAGGACAAAUGCUUGGUUCUCCGCUUCCUCACUUAGUCUCAAGCGUUCCAACUAAAGUCAAUAUCAGUGAAAACCAUGAACCUGGUGUUACAGUAGACGAUACCAAACCGGUAACACAAAUUCAGAUCCGAUUACCUGAUGGAUCGAGAUUUGUGAUCCGUCUAAACAAUUUUCACACAAUUGGUGAUAUCAGAAGAGCAAUCAUCAGUGAAAGACCAGAUUUGGCUUCCAGAUUAUUUGCAUUGAUGACAUCCUAUCCGACCCGUGAGUUAAAUGAAGAUACACAAACACUAGAAGAUGGUGAUCUUCUGAAUUCAUCACUAUUAGUUCGAUUUAUAUGAAUGAUACUUUAUUAUUGGUUGAAUUCACUGUUAAUACCAUUGUUAUUACUACUAUGACUACUAUUAGUAGCACAAUUAUCGAAUGUAUGUGAGUAGUUUUUGUUGUUUAUGAAAUGC